ACUCUGGGUAUUCUGAAGAAGUGACUGUUAGCGACCGGUUCGUAGUUUUUGAAGUAGCGUUUGCAAUGGAAGAAGAAAAAAAGAUCAAAGAAGAUUACCUGAAAAACUUGGAUCCAAAAACAUUCCAAGAAUUCAAGCUGCAAGGUCUGAAAGCAGAAAAAGCGGAGAACAAUUAUGAUUUUUGGUUUAAAUGUCUCUACGAAUUUUUUUCAUCCGGGAAUUACUCCGGUACCCGAAUGUUAGAGAUCGGAAGCGGCCCAACUGUUCACAACAUCGCCACUGCUAGUGCGUAUUUUCCUUACAUCGUGCAGAGCGAGUUCGUGGAGAGUAAUUGCGAACAACUUCGCAAAUGGCUGCGAAACGACCCCGAUUCCUUGGAUUGGACCAUAUUCUUACAGAGAGUUGCCAGGGCCGAAGGGAAAGAGGAUGUCGAUGCCGCUGUUCCAGAAAUCGAAGCCCGAAUCCGUUCUGCAGUCAAGGCAGUAGUUCAUGCGGAUAUUUUGGAUGAUCAGGUCAUUCCAAAAGAAUACGCCCAAGAACCUUAUGAUCUCAUUUUGUCGGUUCUGACAUUUGAAACGGCAGCUGUCAAUUUGGAAUCCUAUUCGAAAAUUCUUGGAAGAGCUAAUCGCCUGCUCCGAAAAGGAGGGAAAAUGAUUCUAAUUAGUGCCACUAAGUGCACGUAUUGGCAGGUGGGAGGGAACAAAUUCCACUGUUUAUCCUUGGAGGAACACGAAAUAGAAGAUGCGCUGAAAAAGAAUGGUUUUGGAGAAAUAAGUUGGAAGAUUCGAGAACGUCCUGACGAUGGUUUGCCAUUUAAUUGCGAGAAUGUGUAUUUCUUGACUUGCACAAAGCUUUAAACAUUAAGUUUUAUUUUUAAAUACAGCAUUGGAAGUCUUUUAGUUGUUUGAAAAAAUCGUCUUUGCAUUUUAGUUCAAAUAAAUAAGAUUUAUUUUA